AACAGAACGUAAUAUUUCAAAAAGUAAUUUCAUUUGACUCAUCGUACUAUGUACACAAGAUUUUUUGUUCAUUGGAGAAACCCUGGGUUUUUUUUGCAACACCGUUUGUGUUUCUAUUCGUCUAAUCAUUCCAAGCAAUCACCAACGUACAAUGAGGCUAAUAUAUUAAUGAUUGAUCGAAAUCUUCAGAAAGUCCUGUUUGAUUGUCAAAAGUACGACUAUCAAAAGGCUUCAUCUGAAAUACUCCAAGAGUUCUCUCGGCUGGGAAUUGACAUUUCAUCUAAUAAGCUUCACAAAGACCCUCUUUAUUUUAGUAUUCCUGAACUUAAUGGGAGCAAUGUCAAGGAGCAUGUAGAUUUUGUUGCGAAAGAACUUUCUCAUCCUUAUAUAAAAUUGUUAGAGAGUUUUGGUUCCUUGCCAGAGCUACCUAAAAUUUGGGAAUCCUCCUCAGGAUGGACAAAAUAUAGUGGUGAUAAAACCUAUUCUGUCGAGGUGCCUCCUGAAGAUGCUCUUAUUUUUGACACAGAGGUUCUCGUUAAAGAGGGCCAUCUACCAACAAUGGCAGUAGCUCUUACAUCAGACGGUUGGUAUUCUUGGACCUCCAGACGUCUUUCCAAUCACGAUGAUGGUUCGAUAAACGAUGAUGACGCAUUUAAUUACCUUAUUCCUAUUUAUGGUUCGAAAAAUAAAGAUAUUUCAAAGUGUAUUAUUGGGCAUUUUGUUAGUUAUGACCGUGCUCGAAUAUCAGAAGAAUAUCUUCCGGAUGGAACUGGAAUUCGAUUUGUUGAUACUCUUUCUCUCCAUGUUGCUGUAUCGGGUUUGACCAGUACUCAAAGAUUCCUGAAAACAUCUGCAGAUAAACACCUAUUUAAUAAUAAAACAUGGCAAGAGUUUAUCGGAAGACGGAUUGAUAAACAGUCACCAGAUACAAAACUUGUUACAGAUUUCACUAUGGGUCUUGAUUGGCUUUCAGAAACUAGUUUAAACAGUUUGUCUGAUAUUUAUCGUUUGUAUUGUAAAAAAGAACCACCACAAGAUAAACAGUUGAGAUCAAUUUUUGAAUCUGGAACCAUUGAAGAUGUUCGUGCAAAUUUUCAAAAACUAUUCACAUAUUGUGCCACGGACGUACUGAUGACAUAUGAAAUAAUUCGAGUUUUGUGGCCUAUAUUUAAAGAAAGAUUUCCACAUCCUGCAACAUUUUAUGGAUUAUUAGAAAUGAGUAGCAUGUAUUUACCAAUCAAUGAUAAUUGGAUUAAAUUUCAAAAAAAUGCAGAAUCAUCAUAUGCAGAGAAUAUAUUGAGACAGAAAAAAUUGUUGAUGCAACUAGCUGAUCAAGCAUUGGCUAAAUAUUCAAAUAAUGAAGAGUAUAAAACUGAUCCAUGGCUGUGGGAUUUGGAUUGGUCAAAACCUAAAGUCAAAUGUAAAAACAAAGCUGAUGAAAAGAUAUCUCGUCUUCCUAAGUGGUAUAGAGAUUUAAUUCCGAAACCAGUUAAAGAUAACUUAAACGCAGGACCAGCUUUAUUAACUGCCCAAAUGCAUAUUGCACCGAAACUUUUAAAACUCUGUUGGCAGGGUCUACCUUUGCAUUAUGAUCGAGUACUUAAAUGGGGUGUUCUCAUACCCGGACGUAUCCCACAACCCUAUGGUGAUCCACGAUAUUAUGUUGAAUCAUCUAAAACUGCUGAAAAUGCAGAAGGUAUUGAUUCUAAUUGCAAGGAAAAUUCUUUUACAAACUCUGAUUUAUGCCAUCACGAUUCGUUAAUUCGUCCGAUUAUAUCUGUUGUUAAAUCAUCUGCUGCUGGUGAUCAAACACUAGAUUUUCCAUAUGGAGCUUAUUUAAAUUAUUGGUUAGCUGAUGUAAAACGUCGUCUAUUAGCCGAUUUUCAGUUAAAUAAAGCACCAUCAUCAAGUGAUAACGUUUCAGAUAAUUUAGCAGUUGCUUAUUCUCAUCGUAUAAAACCAGAUAUUCGUGAUGCAAAUUUGUUAGAUGAAUUAAAGCGUAGCAUUGAAAUUAUGCCAUUGGAAAAAGACGAACGUCAACGACUAGCAUCUACAAUAAGCACUAUACGUAAAUUGGGUGAACAAAAAGUCUUUCAAAUGGAUCCCAGAUUACAUAAAGUGAACAAUAAUAAUCAUAAUGAAUUGAUUUAUGAGAAAUUAGGUGAAUUGCAGGCUCAAGGUUCUGCUUUCUGGUUAAACUCCAAUCGUUUUGAUCAGAAUUCUUCAAAUUAUUCUCCGAAAUAUCGACGACGUAAUGCAGUCCGACAUGCAGUGGACACUGUGAAUCCUGUUAUACCGACAUGCUGGUUUAAACAUCUUCCUCAUGAGUCAGGUACUGGACUUCCAGUCGGCUCGCCACUUUCUCGUUCAUUUCAAAGUCAUAUUGCAUCCCAUCGUUUGCACAGUGCAGAUUUUAAUCCUACUAGUACAACUUCAGUGAAUACUGAAACAAUGAAAUCAAAACCAGUUAUGGGAUUAGCUGAUCGUUUGCUUCAUGAUCGUGUUCAUGCUACAUUUUGGCAAAGUUAUUCAAAACGUAUUAAAUCUCAAAUGGCUAUUUGGUUACCACACAAUCAACUACCGGAUAGGAUUUUAAAUGAUCAGUUGUAUAAUUCUAAAGCAAAAUAUGGCGCUAUUCUACCUCAAGUUAUAACCUCUGGUACAGUGUCUAGAAGAGCUGUCGAACCAUUAUGGUUAACUGCUAGUAAUGCUGAUGAAAACCGAUUAGGGAGUGAAAUCAAAGCUAUGGUUCAAUCACCUCCUGGCUAUGUAUUCGUUGGUGCUGAUGUUGAUUCACAAGAAAUGUGGAUUGCUGCUUUAAUUGGUGAUGCAAGUGUUGGCUUUCAAGGUUCAACUCCUUAUGGUUGGAUGACAUUACAAGGUAAUAAACUCGAUGGGACUGAUUUACACACGAAAAUAGCCAAAGAAAUGGGUAUUAAGCGAAGUGAAUCUAAAAUUCUGAAUUAUUCUAGAUUAUAUGGUUCAGGCAUUGAAUUUGCAUCCCAUUUGUUGGCAAAAUUUUGCAAUAUUACUCCAGAACAAGCCAGUUUAAAAGCAAAACAACUUUUUCAAAUUACUAAAGGACGACGAACUAUUGUAGAUUGUUCUUCUUCUGUAGAUGAUCCGUCAUUAUCUUCGUCUAAAUGGCAAGGUGGUAGUGAAUCAGCUGUCUUCAAUCAGUUGGAAUCAAUCGCUCGUAGUCCAGAGCCUCGUACACCAUUUUUGAAUGCACAACUUACUCGUGCAUUGAAUCCAAAACUCGUUAAAGAUGAUUUUUUACCAAGUCGUGUAAACUGGGUCGUGCAAAGUUCUGCUGUUGAUUAUUUACAUUGCAUGCUUGUUUUGAUGCGUUGGCUUAUCAAUAAAUUUAAAAUCCCUGCACGUUUAUGUAUUAGUAUUCAUGAUGAACUACGAUAUAUAUGCCCGAAGUCACACAUGUAUCAAGUUGCAUUAGCUUUACAAAUUAGCAAUCUCCUGACAAGAACAUUUUUUGUCUAUCAAUUAGGCAUGCGUGAUUUACCAGAACUAUUUCCUAAUGCUGAGUAUUCUCGGACACCAAUUCACUUGAAACAUUCUCCCAAAUCAGAACACAGUUGAACAGGAAAUAGAUUAUAUUCCAAUAACAAGGUUAGAAGGAAGACAGAAAGUUCAAAGGAAAAAGGACGUUACAUAAGAAAAUUCUAGAAUGUUCCCUCAGCAUCGGCUGGUUGGAUACGAAAGAGCCAAUCAGCGUGCAACAACGCAAUCAUGCUUUAAUCCACUCUAUGUUCCACUAACAGAUGUACAUCGUAUUGUAUUUUUAAAAGGCCAAAUCUAGUUUAUCCUUUCUAUUUUUGCAAUCAUUUUUAGUACUUUUGGAAGACUCAUAUCCUAAGAGUUUCAAGAUAAAAUACAAUUAUUU